CUUACAAGCAAUUACCUCAAAUUUGGACACGCUUCCUCCUUCUUAGCUUCAAUAAUUCUUCAUCUCUCUGCUUAAUCUCCCAUUUAUGUAAAUUCACAGCUUUUUCUUAUACUCCUGAAGUAAAAUUAAUUCAAUGGCCUUACCGUUUCACCCAUUUAUCUCCCGUACAACUUCCAUUACUAAACCUCUUCCUUUCACUCCCAUCUCCUCUUCUUCUUCCAAACUACUUAAACCCUACUCCAUCAGACCAGUAACAUUACAGAGCAGCUUAAAACAACAGCACAUAAAGUGUCAUGCAGCUGCUACUGAUCUGCAAACAGGAGUUGUAGAAGAUGAAGAUCAGACAGUACUUGUGGGUUCAUCCAGUGAUGGAGAAAAAGUGGUGGCUGAUUAUGAUUGGACUGAGGAGUGGUACCCACUUUAUCUUACUAGAGAUGUACCUGAUGAUGCUCCUUUAGGGCUUACUGUUUUUGAUAAGCAGAUUGUUCUGUAUAAAGAUGGAGAUGGUCUGCUUCGAUGCUUCCAAGAUAGAUGUCCUCACAGGUUAGCUAAACUAUCAGAAGGUCAGUUGAUUGAUGGAAGACUUGAAUGUCUGUAUCAUGGAUGGCAAUUUGAAGGGGAGGGCAAAUGUGUCAAGAUACCUCAGCUUCCUGAAAAUGCGAGUAUUCCACGAUCAGCUUGUGCGAAAACAUACGAGGUUAGAGAAUCACAAGGAGUUGUGUGGGUAUGGAUGUCUCAAAAGAACCCGCCAAAUGUCGAUAAGCUACCUUGGUUCGAGAAUUUUGCCAGGCCAGGGUUUCAAGAUACUUCAACCAUCCAUGAGCUUCCUUAUGAUCACUCUAUACUUCUUGAAAAUCUCAUGGACCCUGCUCAUAUACCAAUCUCACACGACAGAACAGACUGGACUGCGAAAAGAGAAGAUGCCCAAGCACUGCGUUUUGAGGUCACGGAACGCACUGAUAGGGGAUUUGCAGGGUGGUGGGGGAAGGAUAAGGAUCCUUCUUUAUUGAAUUUCUUGCGGUUUGAAGCACCGUGUGUUCUUCAAAACAAUCGAGAAUUUCUCGAUGAGAAUGGAGUAAAGCAGUACUUCUCAGGACUUUUUCUAUGUAGACCAACUGGACAAGGAAAAUCCAUGCUCAUUGUUAGGUUUGGAGGAACAAGAAGACCUUAUGUUUCCAAAUGGAUACCGGAAUGGUACUUUCAUCAGAAUGCAAGUAAGGUCUUCGAGCAAGACAUGGGAUUCUUAUCGUCUCAAAACGAGAUUUUAAUGAAAGAAAAAGUGCCGACGAAGAAUUUGUAUCUUAAUCUGAAGUCAUCUGAUACAUGGGUAGCAGAAUACAGAAAAUGGAUGGAUAAAGUUGGACAUGGAAUGCCUUACCAUUUUGGGUACAACACAAUCCAUCUUUCUGAAGUGCCUGCUGUUGUAGAACACGCCCCAGCCGGUCUUGUUGCUGCACAUUCAGCUUCUUCACCAGCUAAAGGCGGUAUUGGAACAAUGCAUGCACCAAAUUUGGCUAACCGGUAUUUCCGACACGUAAUACAUUGCAAGAAAUGCAGUAAUGUAGUCAAAGAUUUUGAAACCUGGAAAAAUGCGUUGUCGGCUAUAGCGGCUGUAGUGACUACAUUAGCAAUUCUAGCGUCUGGAAAGCAGUGGAAGUCGUUAUUUUUGGUAUCAGCAGGAUUGUGCUUGGCAGGAGUAUAUGCAUGUUCUACUGCUAUUGCAAUGAACACAACAAAUUUCAUAAGAACACACAGGAGAAUAUGAUUCAGAGGCGGCAAUUUGAAAUUCUUUAGUUAAUAUCGUAAAUCAAAAAAAUGAUGUUUAAUGAAAAACAAACUUUGUCGAUGGUCUAAUGUUAAAACAAUGGCAUGCAAUUGAAAGAAUUAUUAUUAUUAUUA